AUGAAUGACAAUAAGGAGGAUAAGAAUCUACAGAAAUUAGCAGGAUCGUUGAUGCAGCUUAACGUGAGGGUCGUGGGGAGAGAUGAAGAUAAAGGGGGAGGCAUCACAGAGUCCGAGGGGUCCGGCAUAACUAAGGAGGCCGCCGAUACCAGGGAAGACGGCGAUACCAAGGGAGCCAACAAAACAAAGGAAGCCAACAAAACAAAGGAAGUGAACGAAUCCAACGACCCCUCUGACACUAAUACCAUCCAAACAGACCCAAUCAGAUCCAAAAUUACUCUUUCACACUCCAGAAUGCUCUCCCGGCUGCCCAAUCGCACUACAAACUCUCUUCUACUGGUAUCGAAGCGAGACAUGCGUAAAGUACAAAUUCGAUUCAAGUCGAUUGGAUCGAUUGAUCAGGUUCGUCCAGCGGUUUUCAAGAUUUCAAGGGAUUCCAAGUUUCUUUCCAUUUCCCGGUUUUUGCAAAAACGACUCAAGUUGGACAGAGUGUACUGCUACCUGGCUAAUUCUGUAGUAGCCAACCCGGAUGAUGGCAUUGGCAACUUGUAUGACCUGUUUCACUCCGGUGAUAGCGAACUCAUAGUAAGCUACUGUAACAUAGUGGCCUUUGGAUGA